AUGACCUACAAGACUCCGUUAGGGAUGAGUCCCUUCCGGAUCGUCUAUGGUAAGGCAUGCCACCUUCCGGUGGAGAUUGAGCACAAAGCCUAUUGGGCAGUAAAGUGGUGCAACAUGGAUUUGACCCAAGCCGGAGUAGCCAGAAAAUUGCAGCUAGAGGAGCUCAAGUGUUUGAGGAACGAAGCGUAUGAGAUUGCCCGAAUUUACAAAGAAAAGACUAAAGCAUUCCAUGAUCAUCAGAUUCGGAAGAAGGACUUCCAAGAAGGUGAUGAGUUUCUCCUCUACAAUUCGAGGCUUCGUUUCAUGCCUGGCAAGUUCUGCUCUAGAUGGGAAGGACCUUUCAAGGUGAAUGAGAUAAAGCCCUAUGGAGUGGUGGAGUUGUUUGAUCCUAAAAGUGAAGCAACUUUCAAGGUGAAUGGAUAUAGAGUGAAGAAGUACCAUGGCUACAAGCUCCCAAAAGAGCUAGAGGUGUUCCUAUUGGCGGAUGCACCUAGAGAAGGAGAAGCUUGA